CUGCCCCUUCCCUCUCCAUGCAGUGAAGAUUUUUUGAGUUAGAACAUCGUAUCUCUCCAGUGUAGUUCUCAGAAUGUCUGGACUGAAUGUCUCAAUCAUUUUUUUCUUCUCAGUUAUAACUUUUUGUGAAUUUGCUAGCAGAUUCUUCAAGAGAAUUUUUCCAUCUAAGGUGUAUUUUUGUCUUGCUGGUGAAUUAGCCAGUUCCUUCCAGAUAUGUGCUUGCUACCUUGAAUUGAGGAUGCUGAGGGAGAUUGGCCCAUGGGGUGGUGGCUUUGGCCCAGACGUGAGCCUAACCCUCUUAUUUGUAGUCUUCUUAGCUCAUGGUGCCUCUUCUGAUGGAACUGCUGCCAACCCUGUUGCCUCACUUCAGGAAUUUCUAGCUUUGGAAUGUUCUUUUGCAGGCACUAUUGUUAAAAUUUUGGCCCAGUUUCUAGGGAUGGAAGCAGCUUGUGCUUUUACCAAGAAAUAUUGGUCCAAGGAAUUUACAGACUUCCACAUGAUUCAGAACUUAAUAGCCCAGGACUGCAGUUCAUCUCUCAAUACUUCUAUCUCCCAUGGCAUUUUUAUAGAAGCCAUGGGUUCCUUUCUUUUCCAGUUAAUCAUUCUCAAGCUUCAAACCUGCUCUCCCAUGUACAAAGUUCCUGUUGUGGCACUCAGUAUCACUGCCUUAACCUACACAGCUGCACCUGUCACAGGUGCCUUUUUUAACCCUGCCUUGGCCUCUGCUAUGACCUUUGCCUGCUCGGGAAACAGCUUAUUGGAGUACAUGCAAGUGUAUUGGCUGGCACCCAUCUCAGGAAUGCUGUUAGCUCUCUUUGUAUAUCAAGGAAAUAUUCCGCGCUUCUUCCAGACAAACCUGCUUUAUAGUCAAAGGAAAAAAUACAGGACAUUUAAAAGGAAAGUAACACCAAUCUGUCAUUGAAGAGAGGCAGACAAAAAGAGAGAAGACGACCAGCAGCUCUGGACUGGCUAACAGAACAGAAUGAAAGGGAUUGACACUGCUGGACAGGAGGCAAAAAGUUCUUCCAGUACCUACUUUUCUGUGUAAAUGGCAAUUAAGGCACUUGCAGUGGGCACUGAUUAGAAAGGGCAGUUCAUGUGAUAAUAUAGUGUUCCCUAAACUGGGACCUUCUAAAUGUGUCAGAUUUCAACUCCCAUAACUCCCAACCAGCAUGAAAAUUUUGCCAUGGCUUGAAAUACCGGGAGUUCUAGUCCAACACAUUAACCAGCACAAAGUUGAUGAAGAGUGUACUAUUGGAUGCACAAAAUAGUAGGUUUGUGUCAAUAGUUACAAAGGCAUGUAUUCAUUAUGCUAAUAGAACUUCAAUUCUACAUGUUCAGGCAUCUUCCUAGAAAGUGGCUAUUCCUAGGAAGCUGGGGUGUUCUUCAAACUAUGGCAUGCUUUUGAACAGAAGACUGCCUUUAUAGUAUGGCGUAGAGUAUAAUUGAAAUAAGUAGUGAAAUUUGAAUUAAUAAAAGUUUGAAUUGCACAUUUGAUUUCCUAUGAAAAAAUAAAAUUUUACAUAAAGUAAAAUGUUAUAUGACACUUUUUUCAGACUCUUCCUGAAAAUUAAUUAAUAUAAGAGGCAGUCUUGGUUUCUUUAAUGCAGUUGUCCCUAUCUGGUGCUGUCCAGAUGUGUUGGACAAUAACUCCUGUUAGAGAUAUCCUCAACAGUUUAUUAUAGAUACUCUGUUGUGUUACCAUUUUUGCUAUGUUUUAAGAGUUGCAAAAUUAUUAACCUGUUUAAUGUUCUAUCAUUCUUUAUCUAAAUGCCAAGCCUUGGAUGUGUUGACAUGUUUCCCCUUUAUUAAUUGAACAUUUUGGGGGCAGAGGUCAAAGAAACAAGUGAUACUUCUUUCUCUCCCCCCCCCCCAUAUAAUU